GGCAGCGAGCCGCCCGUGCAAUGGGGAGCCGCCUCCCGGCGCUGGAAAGGCCCGCUCGCCCCGGGUGAGGCUUUGCAUCGCGCCGCCUGCGCUGCGAGCUCGCCUCGCGAAGCCGGGCAGCACCCCCCAAAAAAAAUAGAAAAAGAAAAAAAAAAGGCAAAGGAAAAAAAAAGGCGCCGCGGCGCGCGGAGCAUGCCGCCGCUGGGCGGACGGCGGGGGCUCGGCGCCUGAGGCGGGGGCGGCCAUGCUGCUGGCCUCGGCCGCCGUGGUGUGGGAAUGGCUCAACGAGCACGGGCGCUGGCGGCCCUACGGCCCCGCCGUGAGCCACCACAUCGAGGCGGUGGCCCGCGCGGGGCCGCGCGCCGGCGGCAGCGUGGUGCUGGGCCAGGCCGACAGCCGCCUGGCGCCCUACAUCAUCGACCUGCAGUCCAUGCACCAGUUCCGCCAGGACACGGGCACCAUCCGCCCCGUGCGGCGCAGCUACUACGACCCGUCGUCAGCGCCAGGCAAGGGAGUCGUGUGGGAGUGGGAGAACGACAGCGGCUCCUGGACGCCCUACGACAUGGACGUGGGCAUCACUAUCCAACGGGCCUACGAGAAGCAGCACCCCUGGGUGGACCUGAGCGCCAUCGGCUUCUGCUAUGUUAUUGACUUCGCCACCAUGGGCCAGAUCAACCGCCAGACCCGGCGCAAGCGCCGCGUCCGCCGCCGCCUUGACAUGAUCUACCCGCUGGUCUCCGGCGCCUUGCCCAAAUCCCAGUCAUGGCCGGCCAGCCCUGGGGCUGCCGCCUCGCCGCCGGCGCCCGCAUGCACGUGUCCCCAGUGCCUCCUGGUUCGGAGCGUCAAAGCGGCGGGUGCCCCUGCGGCCCCGCAGCAGCGCCGGGCCGCUGCUGCCGCGCCGCCCGCUGCGCCGGCCCCGGGGGUGCUGCACGGUGCAGCCGGGGCGCCUGGCGCGCUCCAGGCUCUGGCCUCCCAAGGGGGCCGGCGGCAGGCGGCCAGUGCCCCGGCGCUGAGCUCCACCGGCUUGGCGGCUGGCCCCGCUGGGGCGGGUGACGGCAAGGCGCCUCGCCCGGGCCUCAGCACCCUCAACCGCAGCCACCUGCAGCGCUUGGCCAUCGCCCAGUCCCGGGUGCUCAUUGCCUCUGGGGUCCCCACCGUCCCUGUGAAGAAUCUCACUGGCUCCAGCCCCGUCAAUCCAGCGCUGGCAGGGAUCACGGGGAUCCUGAUGAGCGCUGCUGGGCUGCCCGUGUGCCUCACGCGGCCCCCCAAACUGGUGCUGCAUCCACCGCCCGUCAGCAAAAGCGACAUCCAGGCCAUCCCUGGCAUCUCCCACACCUGCCGCAAGACCACCAAGAAGCAGGCCAAGAAGGGUAAAACCCCAGAGGAGGUCCUGAAGAAAUACCUGCAGAAGGUGCGGCAUCCCCCGGACGAGGACUGCACCAUCUGCAUGGAGCGCCUCUCCGCACCCUCCGGCUACAAGGGGCCCCAGCCAGCCGUCAAGCCUGACCUGGUGGGCAGGCUGGCCAAGUGCGGGCACGUCUUCCACCUCCACUGCCUGGUCGCUAUGUACAACAACGGCAACAAGGAUGGGAGCCUGCAGUGUCCGACCUGCAAAACCAUCUAUGGAGUGAAGACUGGGACUCAGCCCCCUGGGAAGAUGGAGUACCACAUUAUCCCUCAUGCUCUGCCCGGCCAUUCUGACUGCAAAACCAUCCGCAUCAUCUACAACAUCCCGCCAGGGGUGCAGGGACCAGAGCAUCCAAACCCUGGGAAAAGCUUCACUGCCCGUGGCUUCCCACGGCACUGCUACCUGCCGGACAGUGAGAAGGGCAGGAAGGUACUGAAGUUGCUGUUGGUAGCCUGGGACCGGCGCUUGAUCUUUGCCAUCGGGACCUCUAGCACCACAGGCGAGUCGGACACCGUGAUCUGGAAUGAGAUCCACCACAAGACGGAGUUUGGCUCCAACCUCACUGGCCAUGGCUAUCCUGACGUCAACUACCUGGACAACGUGUUGGCUGAGCUCGCGGCCCAGGGCAUCACUGAGGAGAGCUUAGCCCAGGAGAAGGACUGAGACUGUGGUGAGGAGGCAGGGGAAGGGGCGCCCCAUGGAUGGCUGCCCUUCUGCCGCCCUUCAGCCCUUGGUAUCUGCUGCUGCCUUUCCGUGCUCUGGCUCGCUCCCACCUCUUCCGUCCCACCGUAUCCCACUCUGAGGAUAAAGCCAACGGAGAAAACUGACCAGGGCUUUGCAUGGAGGAGCUGGAGACCUUCUGUCCCUGGUGCUCAGUCACUGAGAGCAUCCCCAUGCUGGGGCCUGCUGGGGAGCUGGGAGAAGGUCAUUUUGGAAACCCCUUCCCUUCCCUGGAAAUUAGUUGGCCUCAGUGGUGGCCCCAAGGUCUGGGAGGGAAAGUGAAAGGCUGAAGUCUGGAAACGAUCUCCCUUGUGGCAGCGAGGGAGAUGUCCUGCCCUGCAGAGCUGGGCUGUUGGAGCUGCUGCAUCGGCCCCCCUGGGGGCCACGAGGAUUCAAACUAGCCCCGGUGUUUUGUCCCGGCUGGUCACCGUUUACAUGUUGUCACGUCCUUGCUGGUGUCACGCCAGGAGCUGGAGAGGUGCCGGGGCCAGGCCAGCCCUGUCCUGUCCCUCUUCACCUGUCAGGAUGUGCCAACCUGCCCCUGUCCCCCCCUGACUCCUCUCCUCAAAACUUCUUGGGGUCAGAGGGCUGCGGGGUUGGUCUGUGGGUCCCUGGGAGCAGCUGGGGACACGUUCCCCCCUGCCUCACUGCCCCCCUCAGUCUGGCCUCGUCCUGCAGUCAUUUGUUCGUUCAUUUGUCCUGUCCAGCGCAUUGCAACUGGUCUCCUGCGUCCAUGGAGGAGGGUGUCCCGUCCGUCCGUCCGUCCGUCUGUACACCUGUCUCGGCCGGCCCUGGUCCGCGUGUGCCCCCCGCUCUCUGUUUGGCCGUGUCCUCAGCUCUGCCUUGCGGGGUCGCCUUGUCCCAGAUUUGCAUAGGGACCAGCGGCGCCUUGGGGCGAGUGGAAGAUGGGGCGGCAGUGGUGAUGGUGGGGAGGUCCCGUUCCCUUGGCCCCAUCUCCCACCCCUCCCACAGUGGGUUCUCUGAACCGUUCGUAUGGGGCGUCCCCGCCUUGCGUUUUAUAUACCUCAUGUUUUGGGGGUGUGUCGUAUAUAUGUACAUAAAGGUUGGGUCCUGCUGGGGUGAGGAAAGGCGCUCGAAGGAGGCGAUGCUGAAGCCAGACCCUGGGGCUGAGCCUGCUGGGGGGUGCUGGAGGCCAGGGUGGGGAGGGGGGACAGCUCCCUUAAAGCAGGGCUGGUCAUACCCACCUCGUUGCCCUGUGAGGCAUCUUGGCCCCCAAGGCCCCCUCCCCAUCUGACCAGCACCCAGGGGAUGGUGAGUGUGUGGGGGCUCAGAACCCACAGCUCCCUGCCCCCCCCCCGCCGCCCCAAUUGCUCCUUUGGGGAUCAGCUCCUCAUAGCCCUUUGGUUUCAUCCCCUCUAGGUUUUCCUUUGCGGGUUGAAUUUCCCCCCAUGCCUGGGGGGCCGUGGUGGGUGCACGCGGGGGGCCGGGCCGGGGAGGGUGGCGCGCGUGGAGGGCAUGUCCUGCUAUAAACUGUUGUGUCGUCGUGGCUGUUUUUCCUUCCCACCUGCUCCUCCGUGUGUGCACGGUGCUGCCCCGCCGGAGGGGACAAUAAACGGCUGGCGGGGGACGCUCGCCGUCUCUGUGCCGCCCGUCCCGUC